CCAGUUCCGUGUUCACGGCCGCUGCACGGACACAGAGCCGAGCGACGGUGUCAGCGCACAACAUGACAGAUUUUAACCCAGAACACAAAAUAAAACAUCACCUUCGGUAACGGGAUAAACGGAAUAUCUGUGUCGACAAGACGCGUCAACGCCAGAGGUUUAGCGGGGCAGAAAUGAGCAGUGGCCAGCCGUCUGUCCAGCUGGAGGAGCUGCGGAGGAGAGCCGUGUCCCGCCUGUCCUCCUCAGGCUCUGCCCAGGAUGUGAAGGCUGAGGUCCUGGCCAUGGCCAGCCUGGCCCUGGCCCCGUCUGAGAAGUAUCGCCACAUUGCAGCGGAGGCCAUGCUGAGGGAGAACGCGGCCGGCCAAAGCAGGCAGCAGGUUGUGGAGUGUUUGAGCCGACUGGUCAAGGCCCUGAGCAUCCUGGAGAAGUACGGCUGCAACCUGACGAGCCCUGCCAGGCCCAGGUUCUGGCGCAGCGUCAAGCACAACAAUCCGGUCUUCAGGGCCACUGUGGACGCCAUCAAGGGUGGGCGGGGAGUCCUGUAUCUCUACGGCUACACCAACCAGCAGUUUGAUGGACUCAGUUUCCCUGACGAUGUCACCGACCCAGAUGCUGACAAAGUCGCUGCAGUGACGCUGGAGGUCAUGACCUUGCGCUUGGAGGUGGACAUGCUGGUCAAGGCGUCACAUCCUCACCCAGAGUUCUUCUCAGACAUGAUUCCAUUUAUUGUCCAGCAGGAGAAGCUGGUGUGUGACGCUGUGGUCAUCCCACCUGAGUUGAAGCAGGAGGAGAAGUCCCAGCCUCCAUCGAUCCCGAGCAAACCCACUCUGCCUCCCGGGCCAGCCCAGUCCCCCAAACCCUUGACAAGCUCUCCUCCACCUGGAGAAUGUAAUUUGUGCGGUGGCACCACUACUCUGCUCUGCCCGUCUUGUGGCAAUCUGCCUUUCUGUGACGCCUGUGACGACCUCUACCACCGCCACCCCUCCAGAGCCGUUCACAAGAGAGACCGGAUACAGAAAGCCAAACAGGAGACGUGCUCCAUCUGUGGUGUUUCCCCUGUGCUUGUCCAGUGCUCCAUCUGCGUUCAGAGGCUGUGUCUGAACUGCGACAGGCUCUUCCACUCUCACCCGGACCGCAAAGGCCAUCACAGGACGCAGGUCAACACUGCAGCCAAAACGUCCAGCCUCCCUCAGUCCCAGUGGGAGUGUGGUCACUGCACCACAGUCAACGAGAUGCGAGCCGUGCUCUGUGUGACCUGUGAGCGGCCUCGCCUCGCCACGGCCGCCUCCAGCGCUCAGGAAGACCCUCUGCUAGUCCCUUCUUCACCCAACGCAGAGUGGCAGUGUAAGAGCUGCACGGUAUUGAACCAGGGCAGCAGCGUCCUGUGUGAGGCGUGUGAGCGCCCUCGCCUGGCCACUCGACCCCCUGUCGCCCCGGCACAGUCCACCCCUCGGUCUCUGACUGACAUUGCAAAAGAGUGGACAUGCCAGUUCUGCACCUAUGCAAACCCCAAGCCCUCUGUAGUGUGUGAGAUGUGCAACAAUCCGUGUAAAGACCCCGCCACAGUUUCUCUUCCCCCAGUCCUCCAGACACAGCCGCCCACUAAGGAGUCCCCCCAGCCGGCAGUGAAGCCCCAGCCACUGCCCAGGGUCAACCUGGAGCUGAAGAGACAGAAGCUGAUGAGGGAAGAUGGCCUCAAACUGAUCAACCACAUAAGAGAAGCAGAAAAGAAGGGAGUCAGUCCAGAGGAAGUGUACGCUGCCCUCUGUGUCUGUGGUGGCAGUAACCCCUGUGACUGGCUGUCAUCAGAGCUGCCACACCUGCUGGAUGAAAUCUGUGCCUUGGCAGCCUCAGUUUUUCUUUCUGGGACGCAACAGACUACUGAGGCAGAUGGAGGGACGGUGGAGCAGAGUGCUCCCGAUUCCAUGGCUGAAGGUGUAAAGCUGUCCAGAGCCGAGGCCAAGCAGGCAUGGCUGGCAGCAGGGGGCGACACCGAGAAGGCAGUGAAGCACCUACUGAGGGACAGGCAGGCCAAGAUGAGGGAGCUGCAGUCUCUGGGUUUCCGGGAAGUGUCUCAGUGUGAGGAGGCCUUGCGUCUGAGUGGAGGAGAGGUGAAGGGGGCCUUGUCUCUGAUGCAGCGCCCUCUGCUGGAGCCUUUCCACCAGCGGAUCUGGAGCGAGCAGCCCGAGCCGCCGGUUGAUCCCCAUCACCCUGACAAACAGAGGAUGUGCAGGCGCCUGCUGGCACUAUACAACCUGCCCAGCUGGGGGCGCUGCGAGCUGGCCCUGUCCUUGCUGCAGGAGCCAGACAUCACGUACACCCUGGAAGACGUGGUGCAAGCUGUUAAAGAAUCCCACAACAGGGACUUCAUCAGGCGGCUCCUCAACAACGAAUGUCCCUGCUGCCUGAGCAUUUUCCCCUGCAGCAAGAUGCAGUCGCUGACCUCCUGUCAGUGCUCAGUGUGCCACGAGUGUUUCAGCCAGCACUUCACCAUCGCCGUGAGAGACAAACACAUCAGAGACAUGGUGUGUCCCGUGUGCGCCGGCCCAGACAUCAACGACCCCGAACAGCUGGACAGCUACUUCUCCAUCCUGGACAUACAGCUGCGGGACUGUCUGGAGCCCGACGUGUACGACCUGUACCACAAGAAGUUGACGGAGCACACUCUGAUGAAAGACCCCAAGUUCCUGUGGUGCUGUCAUUGCAUCUCUGGGUUUAUCUAUGACGGAAACCAGCUGAAGGUAACCUGCCCGUCUUGCCGUAAGAGCUUUUGCGCUCAGUGCAAGAAACCUUGGGAGCCGCAGCACCAGGAUGUGUCCUGCGAGCAGUUCCAGCAGUGGAAGAGGGAGAAUGAUCCCGAGUACCAGAGGCAGGGUCUGGCCGGCUACCUGAGAGACAACGGCAUCACCUGUCCUCACUGCAGGUUCCAGUAUGCGCUCAGUAAAGGCGGCUGCAUGCACUUCAGCUGCUCCCAGUGCAGAUAUCAGUUCUGCAGCGGCUGCAACAACCCCUUCCACAAGACGGCGUGUAAGACGGCCCAGUGUAAGCUGACUGGUCUGCAUGCUCAUCACCCGCGGGACUGCCUCUUUUAUCUCCGGGACUGGGAGCCGGCGAGGCUGCAGGAGCUGCUGCAGAGGAACACCGUGGAGUUCAACAUGGAUCCUCCUAAUGGGACACAGACUGACACUUGUGGUGUGAUGGAGCAGAAGGAUGAAGGAGGUCAGCAGACUGACUCACCGUGCGGCAUCAAGACGCAGCCGGGCCAGGCCGGACUGUGCGAGAAGCACUACAAGGAGUAUCUGGUCAGUCUGAUUAACGCACACUCGCUGGACCCGGCCCCGCUCUACGAUGCCCAGGAGCUGGGGGUGGCCUGCGACAGAUACCAGGUGGACAGGCAGAGGGGGGAGAACGAGGAGGACAACGCCUACCACGCCCGCCUGCUGCAGAAACUGAUGGAAGUUCCUCUCGGAGAAAAAGUCCCUCGAAGCAAAUGAAGAUUCCUGAACUCAGCCCAAUACCACAAAAAGAAAUACAUUUUGCCUUUUUUGUCUCUUUAAAAAAACAUCCAGUUGUCGCUGUUUAUGUCUCUGUUUUAUUAUUUUAUUGGCGGCUUGUGUUCCGUUUUUCUUCUGUAAUAUUCACUGUGGAAGGUAGUUCUCCUCUUUCUCUCUUCUCUUAAUUGUGAAGAAAAAAAAUAUUGACAAGUAUUGAGUUUCUUCAUCAUGCCUGUGUCUUUAUCUUCAACCUUUCUGUCAGUGUGGGAUUAAAUCUUGUCCGUUUUAAUGUUUAUGUCAUGUAUUAUUGAGGUUCCUAAUGGCAAAUACAAUUAAAAAGGAAUAUAUCUGUGGCAGUCUGGUGUAAAGAGAGCCUGAUACCUUUGUACAUCAGUAAUUUGCACAUGUUUCAUCUCAUGGAGCUGAAUAAAAAAUCCAUACUGUAUAUCCA